UGCGUCUCUGCGCCCCGCACUGGAUGUGGGCACGCCACGUGACCCCACUGCCGCCAUCUUUCUUCCUGGCAGCGGCGUCGGCGCGCCAGUGCGCGGAUGCGGGGACCGGCGCUUGGUGAGAGCGUGCGGCCAGAUUCGCCACAACAUGGCAAAUCUUUUUAUAAGGAAGAUGGUGAACCCUCUGUUAUAUCUCAGUCGUUACACAGUGAAGCCUCGAGCCCUCUCCACAUUUCUGAUGGGAUCCCUUGGAGGUGCAGCCCCCGUGGCUGUGAAACCCGGGGCAGAAGUGUGCUCACUUCUCUCACCCGGCCUCCUGCCCCACCUGCUGCCCGCACUGGGUUUCAAAACCAAGGCUGUUCUUAAGAAGCGCUGCAAGGACUGUUACCUGGUAAAGAGGCGGGGCCGGUGGUACAUCUAUUGUAAAACCAACCCGAGGCACAAGCAGAGACAGAUGUAGACCCUUUCCCUCCAGAGUCACGCACAUACUCAUCAUUGCGUCACUUGGGAGAACGUUUGUAUUUCAUGGAAGGAAUUAUCACAUCAAGGAGUCAGGGGAGAGUGACUGGAAGCCAACGUCCUAAAAGUUACCCAUCACUUUUCAGUGUAAAUGAGUAACUAUGGAAGACAUAGCAUCAUCUUAUUUCUAAAACGUUCCAAUUAAAAACAUUUUCCUAUUAAAAUAGACUGUCUGAAUA